UAAACCGGUGGCGCCGCGACGGUGAGCGUCCGAACGACCCAAAAUAAUCUGUUUUUCUUGGCCUAAUGUGGGUUUUACUUGUGUUCCAACAUCAUUCGGCAAAUUCGAACAAAAUUUUACAAAAUUUGCCAACAUAAAACAACAAUCAGCCGCUCGCCACUGCAACACUCAACCACAACUACCCUCGUCUUUCUCUCACUCCAAAAGACUGGUAUUUCCACACCAACAGUACCUGGAUCCAAUCAAAAUAAGAUUUUUUCCACUUUACGAUAAUGAGAAUAAGUCCUUGCAGCACUUAAACGACUUGCUGACGUCGAAGAAGCAAUAAAAGUGGCACCGUUCAAAUUGAAAUUUAGCAGGAUGUCGAAGUCGAAUUCUUCAACCAGGAGUAAUUCGAUGGAGACUCCUGCUGAAUGCGAAAGCGAAGUGUGUAGUCCUCAAAGGGACGUUCCUGCCAUCAUGGAGGCGGCUGAAGGUCAGGAAGUGGUGCCGUCGAGUCCGCCGCCAUCCUAUGAAUAUGUUCUGAAAGAGACAAGACUCAAAGCCCAAAGUGACGCCUCUUCGCCCGUGAACCCGCUGAAAGGACCUGAAAUAAUGCACAAGUCCAGCAAGGAAUUAUACAAAGCCGUCGCCAAACAAUUUGGUAUAACAUGCAAAAUGUCGGAUCAAUGUCGUUGUUUUGAUUGCCAAAGCCAUUAUUUCGAAUGCGAAUACGAACAAAAUGAACAGGAAAAAACAGAUGGAGGUCUUGGAGCCGGAACACCAAUGUUCAUAUCUGAAGUAAUGCACGGCACUGCCUGCACCAUAUUGUAAAAAAUUUUAUGAAAUUAAAAAAACAACAAAAAUCCAUUUUAAACAGGCGAAACGCCAAUACAGCUUUAAUGAAACUCUUAUACUUAAAUCAAAAGGUGAAAAUGAAAACAGAUGUAUGGCUUUACAGGUAACGCACACGUUUUAACGACUUUUUUUAAUGAGAUAGUUUUAACUUGUACUGUUAGAGUGUAUAGAAGAUAGGAGUAUUUGUUAUAUAUUUCAGUAGCCAAUGUUGUACAUAUAAUACAGAAAACUGUAUCAUAGCAUGGGAUAGGUGCUUUCAAAAGAUCUCAUAAUGUUGUUGUAAUACGCAAAGAAAUGGCCUAACAAACUUGAUUGUAUAAAACGUUUGUAAGUUGCGUAUUACUGUGCUUUCUGUACUUAUUCUUCUAAAAGUUGUACACGCGUCUGUAGAACGUGCACUUAAUAUGCCUUCUAGAGUCUAAGCUUCAGUGUUUUUAUACUUUCGCUGUAGAACUGUGUUUACUGUAUAGAGUCUCUUUACUUGACUUUCCUCGGCUAGGCAACUAUUAUUGGCUACAGUUUUUUGUCUCUAGAGUAACUUAGUCAAUACCAAGUGUAACUUUUACAUCUUUAAAUGUCAUUCCUAAGUGGUGUAAGUGUCCAGAUAUUACUAUUUUCGUACUAUAUCGUGGAUGUGUGUUAGGAUAGUUAUUGUUAAGAAAGAUAAUAACAGAGAACCGAGUGCGCAUUGUACAAUAGUUGAGAAAACCUGUUCAGUGUUACCUGAUAUUGGGAACAAUGUCAAAUUAUACGGUUAAGCCACUGCUACUGCUAACAUUGGCGACAAGUUUCGAAAAUCCAAGAGACAGGGUGUCUUCGAACUGAUUAAAAUAAUCGUAGGUUAAGAUUUUGAGACUUUUUUUUACCCACUUUUAUUAUCUACUAUUACAUUGUCCACCAACCAUGGCUGUCCUACAGUUUUAGAUUUUUUUUAAGAUUUGUACGCCCUGUAUUGAUUAGAUGAAGCUUACGAAGUGUGGCAGAACAUUAUUGUAUUAUAACUUUGUGUUCAGUAUAUACCUGUCUGACCUAUUAAAAUGUAACAAAAAACAUAGGGCCUAUAUCUUGUAUAACGUAAUAAAUGUUAAAAUUGCACCAAAAUAUCUUUCGCACGUAUAUUUUGUAUAUCGGAAUUGCAAAUAACCGUGUGAUAUUAUAUUUAACUUGUAACCUUUAUUGUGGAUGUUUUUAUUUCGAGAAAAUAAAAUAGUGGAGUAUAAAGAA